CCUCUGUUGCGUGAUAUCGAAUCGAUACGUCAUCGAUCAUGAUACACGAUAGGAGCGUCGAAAUUUUCGUAAGUGCAAUCGAGAAUUUCCCUUUGCUGACCUAAAUUCUACUCGUGAAACUGAUAAAGAUCGGUGGACAACGAUGGAAAACGUGUACGUGAUAAAAGUGAAAACGAAACCACCGUUGUCCUCCCUCUACCCAUCGGAACGGCGUUAUUCGGCGUCGACCGUGGGAGGUCUGUCCUUGGUGCAUUUCGGCCUGGGCGCUCUUUCCCUUCUUCUGGGCAGCCUGGCCUUAUCCCUUCAAGGUCCAAUCCUAUCGGUCGCCUGUUUAGUCCCUUUCGUGACCGGACUGUUCGCAUGGAGGAGAUGGUACAUAGACAGGAACAUCGCCAUCUUUUUUUACGGAAGUCUGUUCUCCUUGAUGGCGGCCAUCCUCUGCUUUGUCGCCACGAUAUUCGAUAUCGCCGCUGCCGCGGAGAGCAGAGAUCCUUUGUGGUCCCUGGAGAAAAUUUUCGACCAACAAAAUUCAUUCGACCAACAAUUGAGAAACGACGCUCUGUUGAACAACGAGACCGCCUCCUCGUCCGAUGGGGACACCGAAACGUUCGAACAUCUGACAAAAAUCAACUUCCACUCGCCCACGCCUGGAAUUAUACUCGAUAACAUGUCCAACAUAUCCGGAUACAUUUUGAGAAGUUCGACGAUCGAUCCUGAAAUCAAAGAUCCGAGCUCGACAACUCUCGACGACUCUCGAAGAGGGGAGGGGAAUUUGAGGAAAAAUGUCACCGAGGAAUCGUUGGAGAUGACGAACGACGGAACGAUGUCCUUCUUGUACACGGAUUAUCGCAAAUCCUCGCACACUAAAAUUUUAUUAACCGUGAACGUGCUCGUCGCCUCCCUCCUCGAGGCAUUUUGGUCCGCCCUGAGCGCUAGAAUAGCCCUUCGAGGAAUGAUGAAUCGUUUGCCGGAAAGUAGUUACGCUAAUGGGACAAGCGGAAACGGAAAAUUGGAUGAAACGGCAAUAGGGAAACGGAAGGCACCGGCUCCAAGACCGGAUAUUCUGGAUCACGACCGUAGAUUAUCCGAAAGCUUGCAAAAUUUGACGGCGCGGCACAACCUCAGGAAUUCGGGGCCGAGAUUGCCGUUGCCGGAAUCGAGCAAUGAAUUCAGAGAAAGGGUGGAAAGAUUUCUGGCAAAUCAGGCGGCCCAUCACGUGGCCGAAGGAUCUUGUUCUUGAAAAACGUUAAGU